AUGGUAUCUGAUCGCCAUGUUUCGGUCUCUCCGGUUUUCGAUGGAUAUAAGUUCAAGCUCAAGUACCCAGACCUCUAUACUUCUUUCCCACCUGAGUGGACUAUCUAUCUUUGGACAGAGACAAAAGGCCGCAAUGGCGCUGAGCCCGGAGGUAAUCCUACAGGGGGCCGUGUACUAUUCACGGAGCCGUCCCUCGAGAACGACAAAUUAUACCUUUCAUCCAUGUCGAUGCCCUCAAGUAAAGAUCUAAAACCUAACAGUGCUCCGACAAGGAAAGUGGCCAUGGUUAUGUGGGUUACUUUCUUGUGGUAUUUCCAGGAACAAGAGCGAAACCCAUUUGUCAUGGUGCCCGAAGGACCGGACAUCCCGGAAGAAGACAGAGUCACCAAGGACUGGAAACUUAGCAUCCAGCAGAAAGGCAUUUUGCAUGGGAAGAAUCAGAUGGUGAAACUGGAACGUCUAGGUAUCAUUGCAAGUGAAGACACUUCCGUUGGGAUGAGAGCCGACUCAUUCGGCUUCCAGGAAAUGUUUAUCACUCAAAAGGCCUUUUGGCAAUUGGAUCCUAGAGUUUUUCUUAUCACUAUUAGUUCAGCUGAAUCAUCGCCUGGAAACAUAUGCCCCGGUCCUGCUUGGUCGCUGGAUUCUCUUGGAACAGGAUUCCCGUUUGGUGCGGGGCCAAACACUUUUGGAACAUUUGUUCCAUCGUAUUAUCCUCCUCGACCCUUACAGCAAGGGGAAGUGUUCUAUGCUCGAUACAUCCCAAGUGGUGGCCAUUAUUUCACCUUCCGUGUACCAGUCCUGCCUGGUAGGGGCCCAUUAAAAUCCAGAGCCCCAAACUCUGAUCAAUUAGAUAGUGAAGAGGCCCCAGACUUGUGCCUUGACUCAGAACAAGCGCAUGACUUGGAACUCAUUCAUCGGCACCUGCUAGGCGAAGUGGGAGAUUGGGAUCGCGGUGUGUGCUGUUUUGUAGAGAAUGAGAGGUCUACAGAGCUCCGAGGCUUGGAGAUGUGUCUGAGUUCAUUAAUCCAUCACUGUUGGCUAUACGAUCAGAGAACCAACACUGUCAUGUUUGAUAUCAGAGCCGAUAAUCAAAAGUACGUAUCCUCCCCAAACUCCUACCGGGCUUUCUUCUCAAGUUUGGAAUCAAUCAGUUGUGUCAAAGACCGCGAAGUCAAUCAAUCCUGUGGACGUAAUGUAAUUAUGAAGAUCAAGCGGGAGUCAUGGGUGGCUCCCGUUGUAUAA